UACCUUCUAAGAUGGAAGCAUCUAAUCUAGAUGGGGAACAUUCAAUGGUCCAUCACAUGUUUUGACACCAUAUUGUAACCAAAAGACUAAUCCAACAAUUACAUGAGUCUUUACAUAUUUAAGCCAUUCCAACCUGGCCUAUUUGUAAUACUUCUCCUGAAACACUUGGACUUGAUCAUGUUUUUAGAGAAUGCCCAUUUACUAGUCUCUUACGGGCUGUUCUCCCCCCCUAUCCUGUUAAUUCCUUUUUGCAAGGAUUUAGUUUUCAGGCUUGGUUAAAGAGCCACAGUUGUUUGCAAUCCGAGUUUAAUGGGGUUAAGUGGAACACCAUGUUCUCCUUCAUCAUUUGGUCUCUUCGGUACUUUAGGAUCCAACAACUUCAUCAUGGCAAGAGAUUUAAUAUCGGCCUUGCUAAGGAAUUUAUUUGCUCUAAAGUUAUUGAGUAUCAAAACUCCUUUAGUGUGCAGGAAGCUUCCCAUUCUAGAACCUUUAUUGAUGUGUGCUGGGAGCCUCCACCUUUUGAUUUUAUAAAAAUGAACACUGAUGGGGCUGCCGGUACUAAUCCUGGUCAAGCUGGAGCUGGGGAUCAUUGUGGAGUAGCUUUUAAUUUGCUUAAUUCUGACUGUAACAAUUUCCAUCCACUUGCUAAUCUCCGUGAUGAUUGCAGGGCUCUCCUAUGCCAACUCCCUAAAGCUCGGUUGCAUCAUAUCUACUGCGAAGCCAAUACUGUUGCAGACCUUUUGGCUAAGAUGGGAACUACCUUAGCUACUUCUGUUGUUGUUGUUGUUGUUGUUGUUGUUUUUGUUGGAGCUGUGGUGUCAAAGCUGCCCAAGAGGCAGCAAAUGGAAAGAAAGCUGCACAGGUGGCAGCAAAAUGAAAUGAAGGGAGAGCUGCACCAAAGCGCGGUAGCAGCAGAGUGCAGCAAGCUAUGCUGCAAAUGUUGAUGAAAUGAGGCUGAAAUGUUGCUGAAAUGAAAGGAAAAUGGAAGGCUGCAAAGUAGCAGCAAGAUCAGCCACAUGGAGCCAAACAAAUGGAAGCGAGCGUUUUGAUGUAAUCUCGCAUUAAAUGUUUUGUACACUUUUCUUGUAUUAAAUAAGUAUGAAAAUUACUG